GCUAUUGCCAAGACCAGGCGUCCCCUCAAAGAUUUUAUUUGGAUGUGCAAGUUGGAUGACAUGAAAGGUAUUGAUAUUGGCCCAGUAUUCAGAACUAAAAUAUCAGCAAGAAUGUUUACACACUGUAUUGCUGAAGCUGAACAAAAACAUCUAAGAGAGAAGCUAGAAAAAAGAAAAUUUUUCUCUGUCAUCAGUGAUGGAAUCACAGACAGUUUAAUCAAAGAAGCCGAACUUGUCUAUGUGCAGUUUGCACAUGCGGGAAAAGUGCACUGUCAAAUUGUUGGAGUACAGUCAGUAGAAAGAAAUGAUCCUCUGGCAAUAAACAAUGCCAUUGAGAAAACUCUCGAGAGAAAUCUUCAACUUACGCUGUCAAGCCAAGACUGGGCAAAGAAGCUGGUUGGUUUUGGAAGUGAUGGUACCCAUGGCAUAGAGGGAGAGAACAAUGAGGUGGCCCUGCUAUUAAGAGAAAUACAACUAUGUUUACAGACUAUAUAUUGCUUUGCCAUCACCUUGAACUAUCUUACAAAGUGGUGUUCCAGAGCACUCCUCUGUACAAUGAUGUCAAAGACCUCCUUCACAGCAUUUAUCACUUUUAUCACAAUUCUCCUCUUCAUAAGAGUGCUCUGAGGACUACUUUCAAAGGCCUUCACCUUUGACCUGUGAUGCCUUCUCAAAUAGGAGGCAGGAGGUGUCUUCAUGGAUUACAGGCAGCCCUCCAGAACUUUCUCAAGGGAUAUCCUGCAAUUGUUCAGCAACUCCACUCAGUAAGUAAUUUUGAAAUACCAUAUUGUUUUACUUUUUCAAUAUCACAGAACAUACUUCUCUUGAGCUCCCUGGAAUCAUAAUUUUGGGAAAGAUAACCACCAUGUUAUUCCCAACCCAUGUUACAGGCAAGUGAAAGCAAAAGAAAUCCAAAGAACUUCUAGAGUCUUUUCUCCAAGCUGACAUUGUUAAAUUUGCCCACUUCUUGUUGGAUGUCAUUAAUGUCCUUAGCAUUCUGUCCUGUGUCAGUAAGAACAGAAACUCCUCAAUUGCUGACAUAUUUGCCACCUAAGUGUCAACGCUGGAAAUGCUCUGAAUUUAUCAAACAACACUAGGGCCAAAAGAACGCAUAGUGGAUUGAGUCACACACUUUCAUGGAAACUGCCUCAGAGGGAAAGAAAACAUUUCUGCUAUGAGAACUACUGUUUUAACACAUCUUAUCAAGAGGCUUCAAGGCUGUUUCAGAGACGCCAGCCAAAAUGCAGUGAGGGCUACUGUGAUUGGAAGUUUUAAAUUGUGGCCCACAAAGAUAAAUCAAGAAUUUGGAGAAAAAGAGGUAUCCAUCCUGACUGCACACCAUGAACCGGUAUCAGAAGCUGCCAAUGUGAAACUUAGUGAAGUGGAUACUGAAUGGAGCAUGUUGAAGUUAGAGAUCUACGGCAGAUUUCAAAACAUUCGACAGUUGACCUGGGAUUUUGUGAAUUCCAUUUACUUACACAAGUAUCCAAAUAUCCUGACACUAGUCGACUUAGUGCUGACCCUUCCUGCAAGUUCAGCUGAAGCAGAACGUGGCUUUAGUCAGAUGAAACGGACCAAGUUACACAUGCAUCCAAAAAUCAAGGCUGAAUAUCUGACAGAUGUCCUAAUCAUUCAGUUGAAUUCUCCAGACAUUAAUAAUUUUGACCCUAGGAAAGCUAUCCAUUUAUGGAAUACAGGAACACCGUCUUCAACUGGUGACACAAGCUUUAAUUCAGAUUGUUCAUCAAACUCAGAAAACCAUUAUGAAAGUGAUUAGCAAUAGGCAAAUGUUUACAUUGUAGUUGCAUAGCAAUGUAACUUUUUUGCAUAGUAAAAAACAUAAAAUAAAUGGUGUCCAGAAACCUGAAAUUUAAAAGUAAAACAAUAACUUGUCUUCACAUCAAACAAAAGGCAUUUGGUUUCUUCCAAACAUACAGAGUAAAAAACUCAAGAUUGUUUCAUCUAUAACUUUCUAACUUCACUUAUAUGUAUUCAUGUGUUCUUUCACACUCUUUCGGUGGAACUGUAUGCUUCUACACAAUGGUGUUAUUUUGAGAUCAUUUUUUUGAGAGUUAUCACUAAGGGUGACCCGACUAUGAUUAUGGCCUGAUUUCCCUUAGGCCUGGCAUACGAUUCAUAAUUUUUCCUCAAUAAUUCUCAGUGAUAGCUGCAUUAGGUAAUUAACUCACAGCCAGAUUAAAAGAGAGCUUCUCUUUUCAUCUGUGAACAAAAUUUGUAAAUUUAUGUAAUUAUGUUAUUGCAAUCAUAUCACUGCAUGCUUUGGCCAUUUAAGUAACAAAGGCAAAUAUUAAAACAGUUUUCACAUUUCAUGCUAAAUCCUCAGGUAAACCAUUUGUAUGUAAACUGAAAGUACUGUCCUAUAACACUGUUUUGCACCAUAUCCAUUAGAGGUAGCAGAAAUGUGUUGCAGCUUACAAGAUUUUUAAAAUUCUUUGAGCCUCCUCAUGGUUUCAAUAGAUUUUGUUUACGGCUGUAGCUUGAAGAGCAUGACUGAGUUAUGUCUGACUUAUCUAAAAACCAACGUAGGAUUUUAUAAACCUCAGUUCACUGAAAAUUCUGCUGUCUGGGAAAAUGCUCUCCUGUCUAUAAAACUGGAUACUCAAGUUUGAUGAAAAAGGAUACAGAAUUUAUUUCUGAACAGCCAAUUAUAUCAAAGAAGAAAUGUUUUGAUCUUGCUACCCAGAAAAUUACCUUCCAAAUCUCAAAACUGUGUAUUUGGUUUGAAGCACUGAGAUUUUAGAAGAAUUAUUGCAUUUCCCUGGAAGUUAGAGGAAAUGAUAAAGUUCAUGUGAACUUUUAGAAAUGCUAAAAAUUUAGUUGUAGAAAGAAAACCUUGAGAUAGCGUGUCUAUCUUUCAGUCUUUUCAUUCCUAAAACAAAGAAUAGAGAUGUACUCUGGACCUGAAAGAUACCUGAAUACACAUUAGGCGUCUCUCCUUGUUCUAGAAGGUACCACUUUUGUGUUGGUUAGCCAGACAUUUUUUUUAAAGUGGAUUCAUUUAUUUUGUUUUCUUUUUUUUUUCUUAAUGCAUGUGCGUGCAAUUUGAAAUGAAAAAUGAAGCAGACAUCUCUUUUAAAUAGAGUUAAGUAGGUUCGUGCCUAAGAGCAAAGGAUGUAAAAGGUCAGUGGUCUUUCAUGUAAUGCUUAGGAACGCUGAGCCAAUCAGACCACUAAAUUAGCACUUUCAAAAUCCAGUAACUUAACAAUUCAAAUCUCUCUACAUCUUCAAAAGCAAAUAUAGUCUGAUCCAAAGGGCAAGAUGCAGAUAAAUGUAUUACCUUUCUUGCAGUGAUAAUCUGCAUGCAUUUGGAACCCUUUUAUUUAAUAUUUGCCAAAAUAGUUUACUCUUGUGCCCUAUUGCAUAUUGGAAACCUUAAAAUCAUAUUUUUUAAACAAAUUCAGCCUAUUCUGAGUGAAACAUGAAGAAGACUCAACUAAAAAGUAUACAGUUUGAUAAUUUUACCCAAUCUGGAAUUAAUUAUUACUAAGCCAAAAAAAGGAAUUUUGACUUAGUUGAGAAACAAUAAUGAGAAAGCAUCAGGAAAUUAUUAUUUUCAUAUUUCCAAAAUGUCUUCUUUUUCUUUAAAGCUUACAGUUU